UCACUUUAUCAAUAUCAACAUAAGAGAAUUUGUUGUUGUUAAAACACUCUUGUUAACAAUCUUAAUCCACUUUAAAAAAUGCCCUGAAUAACUCUUCAACUUCAUAAAGAAAACUUUCCCCAUGGCUAAAAAUACAGUUGAGAUGCCAGACAGCUAAUUCAAGAGGGUAUCCUCAAAAGAGAUUAAAAUAGGUUAUGGUUAUUUGACACGCCUAAACCAAAAUGGGAAAUGUAUCCUGUUCUGUCAUCUCAUAGCAGUAUGCACAGCACUUACUUGUCACUGAGCAGUAGCAAGCAUCAGGUGUAAGGUUCCAGAUAAGGGAUAUGUUAUUAGUACAUGUGAAGAUUCUCCCUGGUGGCUGGGUAAAAUAUAGCAAUGGUUAGACACAGCAGAUCAGUGCUCUAAAAAUAUAAUUUAAUUUUACAGUCAGUAACUGAGCAACUCUCCUGCUCCCCGAUUUUCACAAAGCUCUUCCUGGCUAACAUCAAACAGCAAGUGAACGAGGUAACACAAUCAAAACAGGGAAGAAAAAAAAAAAGGAUUUCAUUGAAAAUGACUUCUAAUGGGCCAAAGACUCAAAAGAAGAAAAAUGCAUAUGCUUCAGUGAAGAUAGAUCCAGAGGACAAAUAUAUAACACCUGGAGCCUUCGAGCUGGAGCGUCUUUGCUGGCAUACUCCUGUGAAAUUCACACACGUCAACGAGGUGUGGCCAAACCUUUACAUAGGCGAUGAGAAGACAGCUUUAGAUCGAUACAAUCUGGAAAAGAUGGGCAUGACACAUGUUCUUAAUGCAGCUGAUGGCAAAUGGAAUGUUGGUACAGGUCCUGAAUAUUAUAGCGACAUGACUAUCGAGUAUUAUGGAGUUGAAGCAGAGGAUCUUCCCCGAUUUGAUCUCAGCCAGUUUUUUUAUCCUGCUACCCAAUUUAUUGACAGUGCACUCAGUAAUCCAAAAAAUAAGCUUCUGGUACAUUGUGCAAUGGGAAGAAGCAGAUCCGCCACUCUGGUUCUAGCCUACCUAAUGAUUUAUAAAAACAUGACAGUUGGGGAUGCGAUUAAUGAAGUGAUUAAGCACAGGUGCAUUUUACCCAAUCGUGGCUUCUUAAAACAGCUAAGACAGCUUGACAUAAAUCUGCUAAUAGAGAAAAAGAAUGCAAAGAAUGAUGUCAAUUCAAAUGGUGAACAAAAUGGAGAAGAAAAGAAAGACACAGUACAUUUAACAAAUUGUAAUCAUGUAAGAGACUGAAGAACAGGAUAGCAAGGAAUCGGUUCACUGCAAUCGUGCUCAUGUUUCAGUAUGUCCCAAAAUAAUUGUCUGGUCAUUUCCUGUCUCUGCUAAAAAAUUGUACAGCCUGUAACUCAAAUUUUAAUUUUUGCCAAUCCACUACAUAAAGUUUUAUAGCAGACAUAAUGGUUUUCACACAGAUACAUAGUUGGUUGAAAGCUUUUGCUUGUUCUUUGCAAACUAAGUUUUAAAUUUUCAGUAUAUAAAAAAAAACCCUACACCUGUCUCUUUAAAAAUACAUAUCCCUAAUUCUCCCUAUGAACCUACGUAUAUCAAUUAGUUUUAACAAAAACAUAUUUUACCUUAAGCAACUCAACAAUCCAUGCCCCAUUACAGCAAGUUGGCUUUUUUCAACCUUUAUGUUCAUUGAUUCAACACUGGUGCUGAAAUCCAUUCUUCUAAAUUAUGAAACAGUAAUACUUUUCUAUACACGCUACAUCUGCUUGUGAUCAGCAUACCGAUAACCACUGUAGACGUGUUAAAUUGACUUUUAUAUAGUGUGUGUUCAACUAUCAACAUGCAUUUAGUGCCAAUCACUAAAAUGGAAGUACUGUACUUAUUGUGUAUAUACAGUAUUGUACUAACAGUAUGUGAAUUAUCUUAAGUUGAUUUGUUCAUUUGCUUUUAAAAAAGAGGGGGGUAUUACACAAAAUAUUUCUUAAAUCCAUCCACAAUAAAUGUCAAAUGUUUUGUUUUCCUUUCUAUGAUAUAGAUUUUUGUUUAGUUUUAAAAUUGCUCUCAUUAAAAUCAAUUCACAGGGAGUUAUUUUUAUUGAUCUUUAUAGGAAGACCACUAACUUCUGCAUUGCUAGAAAUUGCACAGAACCAUGAUUUGUAUUUCAUAGGACGCAAAAAAAGUACACAAGUAUUAAUCACAGAAGUUCAGGAAUGGCUCAUCAUAAUUUAUUUUAUGUUAAAAUGUACAGCUUCUUUUGUGUAUUUUGUGUAUUGUUUUAAGUGACUAAAGAUAACCGAUAAAUACAUGACUUUCAUUCUGUUCUACUUUGUACACAUAUCCAGCUUUUCUUCUCAUUCCCAACAGCCACUCUGUACAGGUACAAAGGCUACAAAAAAGCAAUAUAAAACAGACACAAAUACAACUUGCUUUUUACAUGCGAUUUGCUAGCUUAGUUUGGUCUAUUCACAGGCUACUGCUCUAUAUUUGUGUAAAAUAUAACUCCAACAUUUUAUAAAAGAUAGAAAAAUCUACAGAUGGAAUGAAAAUGUAAGGUUAAAGGCAUUUUUGUAAAAUAGCAACUUUCGACUAAAUUUACCUUUCUUUUUUAAAACCCUGGGCAUGUUCUUUGAAAUGAUUCAGAACUGUACCGUUACAAACACUGUGAUAUACUUCACUAUUUAGACAGAAAUCAGAUUGCAUUUAUAAAACAGAAAGCUGCCUCAUUUAAAGAAUUUUGUUACAAAAGUACUGAAUUAUACACAUUUAGCAAUAAAACCUUAACUGAAACAGGACUAAGUUUUACAUUUUUACAGUAUUAGAAAUAACAAAAAUAUAGUUUCAUCUUACUCCCAUACUGGGGAAACCUCAACCAAGGACAAUCGUUUUAAAAAUGGCUUGCUAUUAAGCACAACACUUGUACAGUAUCAUCUUAUGCACUGUCACUAAAAGACUUUGUAGCAUGCUAUGUGUCACCAUACCAAAAUACAAACAAAAAAAUAAUAAAAUCAAUUUUACAAUAACUUAAAUAUAUAAAGGCAGAAGAAAGGAACACAAACUCAGAACUACUGGAGAGUUUUCUUUAAAAGGCUGCAAUGUCCAAAAAUCUUAGUUGUAACAGGCACAUUAAAUAGCUCCAUUGUACAGGUCUGCCACAAAAAUGCAGUCCAACUGCUGAAGCCUUCUUUGCCACAGUUUAACAACUUAGGCAUCAUUCAAAGGAGUAUAACAUGAAAUCAAAGAAAAGUCACCUUUAUUUGAUGAUGUAAGGCUUUCUUCUAUAUAUAUAUAUAUAUAUAUAUAUA